AUGAGGAUCACCGAACUCGUGCUGGAUGGGUUCAAGUCCUAGUCAGUACCCUCGACCCUGCUCCGAGCUUGAGCCUACGUCCGUCGCGGGUCGUGUUUGCUGAUCUCGGCAACACCCCCCCCUUUCGCCCAUCCGAUUGUGCGUGGUGUCUGCUCCUACAGUCCCGUACGAACCUCGAUCAGCGGAUGGGACCCGAGCUUCAAUGCGAUCACCGGAUUGUGAGCCAAGUCAGCCGGGAAGCCAACACCGAGCCACGCGUCGCCUCCCCGACCGCGCUUGUUGAACGACGCGUGUCGCAGCCGGGCAAGGCGGGCGAGUACUGACACCCUCACACCUCGAAAUCGGCGCACAGGAACGGAUCGGGCAAAUCCAAUAUCCUGGAUUCCAUCUGCUUCGUGCUCGGUAUCACCAAUUUGACUACGGUAUGUCAUCCGAUGGGUCAUCAGCCUCGGACAGUCACUCGACGGGCCCCGGUCGCUGACUCGCCUGCUCGUCCCGUCCUGCUGAACAACGCCUCGCCGCUGUCCUCGGCACGCACAGGUCCGCGCCUCCAACCUCUUGGAUCUCAUCUACAAACGAGGCCAAGCCGGCGUCACGCGCGCCUCGGUCACGAUCGUCUUUGACAACUCGGACAAGUCCAAAGCCCCCGUCGGCUUCGAGGCCCAUCCCGAAAUCAGCGUCACACGCCAGAUCGCGCUCAACGGUACCUCCAAGUACCUCAUCUGCGGACAUCGCUCGACCCAGGCCGCGGUGCAGAACCUGUUCCAGUCCGUGCAGCUCAAUAUCAAUAACCCCAACUUCCUCAUCAUGCAAGGUCAGUCCUCAAUUCGGAGCCCCGGGCUUUUCUUUUUCUUUUUUUUUUUUUGGUCGUCUUGCUCAACCUUCUUGCUCCUUCCGGUACACUUCCAGGCAAGAUCACCAAAGUGCUCAACAUGCGCCCGCAAGAGAUCCUCUCCAUGAUCGAAGAAGCCGCGGGCACGUCCAUGUUUGAAGAGAAGAAGGACAAGGCCGUCAAGACGAUGGCCAAGAAGGAGAAACGCCUCGACGAGAUUCAGGACCUCUUGAAGGAAGAGAUCGUGCCCAAGCUUGAUCGGUUGAGGGAAGAGAAGAGGGUCUUUUUGGAGUUUCAGAAAAAGGCGAGCGAGUUGGAGAGACUGAGUCGGUUGGUCGUGGCGUGGGAUUGGUUGGAGGUCGUCAAGCGGCUCAAGGAAGGUGGGGUUGGGGUUGAGAAGAGUGAGAAGAGGUUGGAAAAAGCUGUUGAGAGCAAGGCGAGGAUGGACAAGGAAGCCGAAAGGAUGGAGAAGGAUGUCCUCGAGAUUGAGAAGAGGAGGGAGGCGGUCGGUCCAUUCGCUUGCACCGUUUCUCCUAGAUGGAUCGCGACUGACAUUCUCGGAAUGCAUCUCUAGGAACUGGCAAAGGGCGGCAAGGUGGCACGCCUCGAACAGGAGCAGACCGAGCUCGCCAAGGAAUGCAGCAAGCUCGAGGCUCAGGUCGACAUCAUGGCUGGCAACAUCAAGGACGAGCAGGCCCGGGUCGCACAGCUCGAAACGAAUGCCAAGGAGGUGAGUGGGUACGCUGGAGUGAGUUCUACGCAAUCUUUUGACUCAGUCUUCAUUGUCAAACCCUUCAGCUCGCAUCCUCGCGCAAGGAACGAGACCAAAGCUCGAAGGAAGCGGCGCAGCAGUUCGCCUCUCUCAAAGCAAAUUACGAUGCGACCACCACAUCGCUCAAGGCCUCCGAGGACCUCUUGCAAACGCUCUUGACCGGCAUCUCUUCCUCCUCGGACGAAUCGACCUCGUCCGGGUUCAUGGGACAACUCGCCAAAGCCAAGGAGCUUGCCUCAAACCUCGGAACCGAGGCCGAACGGGCCAAGGCGCGCAUCGAGCAUUUGCAGAAAGAGUUGAAGGAGAAGGAGCCGAGGGCGAAGAAGGCAGCUUCUGAAGGAAAGGGCUUGAUCUCUGAGCUGGAAGCGGCAAAGAAGGAACGAGCCAUGCUCGAAGCGGCGUUGGGCAAGAUGGGCUGGGACGAGGACAAGGAGACGCAGUUGAGGGAGAGGAGGGACGUCGAAGGGAAAGCGGUGCGCAAGUUGCUCGAGGAGAGGGACGCGAUCAAGUCGAAUUUGGCGCAGCUCGAUUUCUCCUACACGAUUCCUCAUCGAGGGUUCGACCAAUCGCAGGUCAAGGGUCUGGUCGCAAACCUCGUGUCGUUGGAUGAAAGCAACUUUCAUGCCGCGACGGCGCUCGAGGUCGCCGCUGGAGGUCGACUUUACAACGUCGUCGUCCAAGACGAGAACGUCGGUGCGGAUCUGAUCAAGGGUGGACAAAUGCGCAAGCGCGUCACAUUCAUCCCCUUGAGCAAGAUCAAAGCCAGCGUCGCGUCGAAGGAAACCUUGCGUACCGUCAGCAAGGUCUCGCCUCAGACCAAGCUCGCGCUCUCGAUGGUCGGCUACGACGAUGAGCUCAACGCCGCGAUGGAGUACAUUUUCGGGAGCACGUUGAUCUGCGCCGAUUCGGACGAGGCCAAGCUCGUCACGUUCCACAAUGAGAUUAGGAUGCGAUCCGUCACGCUCGAAGGGGAUGUCUACUCACCCGACGGAACACUGUCUGGUGGAAGUCGAUCCCAGGGCGCCGGCAUCCUCGUCAAGGUCCAGCAGCUCAAGAAGGUCGAGGCCGAGCUGAAAGCGAGGCAACAGGCACUUGAUGCGGCGGAGAAGGCAUUCGAUCAGACCACGGCGGCGAUGGACAAGUACAAGCAGGCCAAGAAGCAGCUUGACCUCAAGGCUCAUGAGGUCGGGCUGUUGGAGGAGCGUGUACAAGAGUCGAACGCAACGAGGGUGAGUGCGGUUGUUUUCGCAGCGAGAUCUGGGGACCCUUGCUGAUGUUCUCCAUACCCUAUACGCAGAUCAUCAGCGAGGUCGAGUCGAUCAAGACCGUCAUAGAGACCUUGAAGCAGACGAUCGUCGACUCGAAAGCGAAGCAGAAGGAGGCCCAAGCCGAUUGCAAACGCAUUGAGAAGGAGAUGGAUGAGUUCAAGAACAACCGAGGGUCCAAGCUCGACCAGAUCAAAGCUGAGAUCAAGAAGAAGAAGGGCGAUGUGACCAAGCAGACGGUCGAGGUCAAGACUUUGCAACGCGAGGUGCAGACCGCCGAGCUCGAACUGGAGCAGAUGGAGAAGGACAUUGCUGCGAGUGGGGUCGAACUUGCCGAAGCCAGGACCCAUCUCGUCAAGACCGAGGCUGCACUGCUGGAGCUCAAGAAGACCGUCAAGCAAAAGCAGAAUGAACUCAAAGUCAUCGAAGCCAAAAUUACCGAGGAGACCAAGAUGCUGACCGCGUUUCAGGACGAGCUCGAUGCGCUCGAUCGUGCGAUCAAGGCGAAGCGACAAGAGAUCGUCGAUACUGAUAUGGCUGUCACUGAGCUCAAACUUGAAAUCGAACGCGCCAAGAAGGACCAGAAGAAUGCCGCUGAUGCCGUCGCCAAGCUCGAGAGCCGAUUCGAGUGGAUUCAGGACGAGUGCCAGUCAGUAGACCUUAAGGCGGCGCGCAAAGCUCCCCGUCACUGAUUCAAAUCACAAUUUUCUCCAACGUAGAACCUUUGGAAAAGAAGGGUCACAGUACAACUUUGCCAACGUCAACAUGAAUGGCAUGAAGGCCAAGUGCCAGAAGCUCGAGGAGGAGCAAAACGCGGCGAAGAAGAAGGUCAACCCGAAGGUGCUGACGAUGAUUGACAGGUGCGUACUCGGUAUCUCGGCUGCUAGGCUCUUUAAAGCACUGGCUAAUUGAGAUGUUUGCUCGAUCUUGCAAAACAGUGUCGAGAAGAAGGAGAAGGAGCUCAUCGGGAUGUACCGACAGGUGCUCAAGGACAAGAGCAAGAUCGAAGAGACCGUUGCCAAACUCGACGACUACAAGAAGGAUGCGUUGCAAAAGACGUGGGAGACUGUCAACGUCGAAUUUGGGAACAUCUUCGCCGAGCUGUUGCCGGGGAACUUUUCGAAGCUUCAGCCACCGGAGGGGAUGGACAUCACACAGGGCCUCGAGGUCAAGGUCCGGUUGGGCACAGUGUGGAAAGCCAGCUUGACCGAGUUGUCAGGUGGGCAGAGGUACGUUUUGUGACUUAUUGUGAGCAUUCGCUGGGCCCGACUGAACUGAAACUGACGUCCUUCGCAGAUCCCUCAUCGCGCUCUCGUUGAUCAUGGCGCUGUUGCACUUCAAACCGUAUGUCAGCGUAUCAUGUGUGCCUCGCUACAGCAUGUCGUUAAUUUGGCCCCCUUCCAUCUUCGCAGUGCACCGAUGUACAUUUUGGAUGAAAUCGUGAGUAUCUCGCAUUAUUUUCGUGUCGAUUGCAUCAACUGACCUUUGUCCGCAUGCACCACCUUCAGGAUGCUGCCCUCGAUCUAUCACACAGUGAGUUUUUCAUGCUGCGCAUUUCGAACAACGAGGCUUGGCCUGAUAUGCUCUCUACUUUUCCAGCCGAAAACAUUGGUCGCCUCUUCCGAACCCGUUUCAAGGGCUCGCAAUUCAUCGUCGUCUCCCUCAAGGACGGACUCUUCUCCAACGCGAACGUACUCUUCCGCGCUCGUUUCCGAGACGGUACUUCGAUCGUCGAGCGGACAAGUCAACGCAGUGCUUCGGGCUUGUACGACAAGGAGAAUGCUCAGCCCAAGAAUACGUCGGGUGCGGGUUCGAAGGGCAGAGGGGCGGCGCUUUCCGCUAGUGGCGCGGGUUUGAUUGCUGCUGCAUGA